AUGUGGUCUUCAGUACGGAUCAGGGACAGCCGGCUCCCAGGGAGACAAACUGGUGGUGAGAGCAGCAGCAGCAGCAGCAGUUCCUCAGCCCUUUGUAGCACAACAGGACGACGCACCAGGACAGAAAUUGCCCGAGACCCUCCUCAGCUCUUUCGAGGGUUCCGCAAACCCUCAGGUGGGCAAAUGAAGAGGAACAGGGGUGAUGAUGUAGACUUUGAGACGCCUGGCUCCAUUCUUGUCAACACCAACCUCAGAGCAUUGAUUAACUGCAGGACCUUCAAUGCGCUGCCCCUGCAUUUCCAGCAGCAGCUCCUCCUCCUCCUCCCUGAGGUGGACAGGCAGGCUGGGACGGAUGGAUUGAUGCGACUCAGCGGAAGUGCCUUGAAUAAUGAGUUCUUUGCCCUUGCUGCACAGAGCUGGAGAGAGAGACUGGCAGAUGGGGAAUUCACUCAUGAAAUGCAGGUUCGCAUAAGACAGGAAAUGGAGAAGGAGAAGAAAAUGGAACAGUGGAAGGAGAGGUUCUUUGAGGACUACUAUGGGCAAAAGCUGGGCUUGACCAGAGAGGAGCCUCAGCAACAAAAAUCUGUGCCCAUUGAGGUGGAAAGGAAGACUGAUUCAGCCUCUCCUGAAGCAGAACCUGUCAGGGUGCAGCGUGGUCCUGUCACUCGCCAACGAGAUGGGCAUUUGAAAAGGCGUUCUCUUCGAUGCCGGACGCGAAGGAGCCUGUAUAAACUGCGUGAGCUGGACCAAGCCGAAGAAGCCAAAGAAGAAUCCUUGUCUGGGGAACCAGAGCCCACUGACGGCAGAGGCACUAAAGCAGAGCCAGACUUGCAUGAGGGGAAACAGGCAUCUCCAGAGAAAGAGAUUGCACCUGAGGCAACCAGGAUCCCAAGCAAGGUAGAAGACAUGGUGGUGGCGAUGGCGGCAGCAGCAGCAACUACAGAGAGGAUUCCCACUCUGCCCCAAGAACCUCAAGAGCAGGAGUCCAAGGAGCAGAAGAGGAAGUGCUUUGAGCAGGCGGCCUCUGCCUCCUUCCCCGAGAAGAAGCCCCGGCUUGAAGACCGUCAGUCCUUUCGUAACACAAUUGAAAGUGUUCACCCAGAAAAGCCACAGCCCACCAAAGAGGAACCCAAAGUCCCACCCAUCCGGAUUCAACUUUCCCGUAUCAAACCACCCUGGGUGGUUAAAGGUCAGCCAGCCUACCAGAUAUGUCCUCGGAUUAUCCCCAAUUCAGAGCCCUCCGGCCAGAACCGAAGCGGGCCCACAGCCACUGCUGACUUUAAGGCCUGUGCUCUGCAAGGCCGGCUCCAGCGAGAGGCUGCUUCUCCUGCCACCACCCCUGCCUCUGCCACCGCCAUUGGAGGUGGGGGUGGGCCGGGAGGAGGUGGACAGAGCACCGACGAAGGUGGCGGCGGCAACGGCUACAGUGGUGGUGGUAACAGCAGCCACAGCUGCCGCCGUCGCCGCCGCCGGAGGGUCCGGCAGCCCAGCCGUCAUCCCAGGUGCUGGAAAUCGAAGAGAACUCGUGGGAAAUGUGUGUCAGAUCUACAGCGAACACAGUUACUGCCGCCUUCCCAGCUAGAAGGCAAGCCUGUUUUCGAACUGGCUACUCCAAGUUCACCAGCUUGCAAGGGUGAAGCCUCAUUUCCAGUGGUUGAAGGUGAACGUGUGUUCAGACUGGCUACCAGUGUUAUGUCAUUUGGAUCUGAAAAUGCUGUCCAACAUUUCGAGGCAUCUGGGGGCAGCCGUGUUAAUGGCACCAAAACCAAACUGACCCAUGACUACUCUAUGAGAGAGGUGCCAGCAGGCAGAUCUGAGCAUCCUCUGGAGGAUAGAAGUAAUGAACAAUCACUUGAUGCUACAUCACAGGAAGACCAUGGUGAUGAUGAGGAGGAAAAGGAGGGGCUUUCAAAUCGUCGGAUGGGCUGUUCUUGGCAGGAAGAUUCUCCCCUGAAUCUCUUUGGAGACACAAGCAUUGUAGAAGAACAUGACAGUGCUAAGCCAGUGGUUCUGAAAUACAACUCUGCUGUGAAGGGAGCCUCCCAUAGUCCUAAUUAUGCCACUGGUUUAGCCUUGGUGAGUACUGAGGAAAAGACCUUGGAGGCAUUCAACUCUUGUGGGCAGGAAAAUUUUCCCCCUCCAGAGAACACUAGCAUUCCUGGGACAGAAGAUUUGACCCAACAGUUCCACGUGUCGUCAUGUCAGCAGGCAACAGAAUGGUAUAGCAGAGAAACACCGAGUGGGAUGCACAGCAGUGACACGUGCGAAGCUCCUCUGUGGAAGCCAGAGCCACACCCUGAGGAUUCAAAUCCACUCCAGGAGCAAUUUGCCCUGAAAAGUUGCCUUCUGCCAUGGGAGACACUGGGAGAAGGAAUGACAGGCACAAAACCUUUCAGUGAUGAAGAAACCAGGAGUGUGUUAAGUGAGACAACAGAGACAGCAUCUGACCUAGAAGCUGAACUCACAGAUGAAAAUGUGGAGUUAAACCAGGAUGAAGUUGCAGAGAAAGGGGCUGUUCCCAGCAGAGGCCACUCGGAAGAAUAUAAUGGGGUCAACCCUGAAUGUCCUGCCAAAAUUGAGGCUUGUACACACUUGGAUAAUUUGCCUUCCGAAUGUGGAACUGCCAGCAUCUGCCUACCACCAGGCUGGAAACUGCAGCCACCUGUUCUCCAUAAAGCCCAUUUGGAGAGCCCAGAAAGGCCAGUGCUGGCGACCCCCAAGCCUAUGUCUCCAGAAGGAAGUAACCCUCUGGUGUUUCAGUUGCUCAGGGAGAGUCUGCCUCUGCAGACAGUUCUUCCGGGCUCUUGUGGUACCAACCAGGUGGCAAAGGUGGCAUCCUCUCUGGAUAAGCUCUCAGAAACUUGCUUCCCAGUGGAGAGCAAGAGCAGCAGCUCUCUUUCCCAAAAGGCCCCACGGGGUGAGGGCAUGGACAUGACUGGCAUGGUCAGAAAUGGGUGUGAUGUAUCAAUGUGUUUGAGGGACUCUUCCGCAAGGCAAUCCACUCCAAGCCCAAAACCUUUGUCCAGAGAAAGACUGAAGAAAGAAUUAGAGAGAGUGGAGGAAACCGCAGAGUUCAGCCCCAACUCCAUCUCUCUAGAUGAAGCCACAAGUAUUUCUCAGAAGCCUGACAACUUGGAUCUGGGAGGAGGCGUAACACUUACUUCCAGUGCUUGGGAAGAGCCAAAGGUUUCCUCGGUUGUUCUUCUGCCCAAACCAAUUGCUGGUGGGAAUGAUCAAGAGAAGCCAAAGGCAGCUACUGUUGUGCCAUUCCCUCCCAGCGCAACCUCUUUGGCUUCUGAUAAGUUGAGUGGCAAUUCCAUUCCUAAGAACCAGGGAAUAGGUGGGAGGAAGGUCUUUGGUCCCAACUUCCCCUGCAGUAUUGCUACAAGAGCCCAGCUUCCCAAAGGGUGGGAGCCCUUUCCCAUCCUGAGCAUGCUGUCGCAUAGCAAGCCAGUGUCUCCGCCAGCCAAGAGCGCCAUGCCAGAAGGUGGUGUUGCCCCAGUAAGGGAAGACUGGCCUGCCAAGCCACGGCUGCAUCUGAGUGGCAGCGAAGGGGUGGAGAACAAGCGUGGUCUGGCAUGCCCUGGCCCAGCAAGGAGGAAUGGCGAGAAGAGGAAAGAGGCCCCAGCCAGCCCUGCCAAACUCAUGGAGCAGCUGCAGAGUCUCCCCCUGGUGCGGGACCUGCCCCUCUUCCGGUUGCCCAGGAAGCCUGGCAAGAGCCUCGCUCAGCCUCUGGAGCCUUCCUCCAUCCCUUCUCAGCUCAAUAUCAAGCAGUCCAUUUAUGGGAAACUCUCUAAGCUUCAGCUUAAUCCUCCCAGCUUCAGCUAUGCCUCUGCCGCCCCUGUUUUUUCCAGAAGUCUUGUGGGAAGCACAAUGCCGCUGGGCCACAAAGCAAACUUUGCCGCCUCCCGCGGCAUCUCCCUCUCGGCGCAGAUGUUUUCCAACAGUGACCACAUGGAGGAAAUUUCCCUCAAGUGUUCAUGCAGCCUUAAAGCGAUGAUCAUGUGUAAAGGCUGUGGGGCAUUUUGCCAUGAUGACUGUAUCGGCCCCUCCAAGCUUUGUGUGUUGUGCCUUGUGGUAAGAUGAUGAAUUAACUGCUCUGGGACGAUGAAUGCUGUAUAUUUAGAGUGUCUGCUUGGAUAACAAAAGAUCCUGGGAUUUGUAAACAAAAUAUCAUUCUGGUCAUAAUAGAGGCAAAGUCUGAUGCUGUAUGUUUUGGUUUUGGGGCUGGAGUGGGGUGUGGGGGACAGUCUAGUUUCUGGGGAAACUGUUGAACAUUUUGCCCGCUUGAAUGGCUUCCCUGGCAAUGGGGGAGGGUGGGUGGGGCCGUAUUGUCCCAUGUUGAUCCCUUUGGAAAGGCAGGGAGGGUUUGCCUGCUACUGUAAGGAAAAAAGCAGACCCUGUCUCCGUUUAGAGGCUGAGUUAAACAGGCCCAGCUUGCAGAAUUCUGUCUUCCAUUCUUCCUUGCUGCCAUCUCCUCCCUGCGUCCUGUGGUUGUGCACAAACAUUUUUGUGAGCUUUCUGUCAUCAAGGGAGAGCAGGAGAUGAUGAGCGGCUGUGAGGCUUCAGUGCAGGAAGCAGGGUGGCCGCUGGAAAGGGGGUUUCUCUCUGGAGCAGCUGGGAUCCAUGUGGCAGAGGCUGCGGCCAUCGUCGGCUGUACCCAGACCCCUUCCCCUUUGUGUGAGAACGUGGCCCCCUCCCCAAGGGGCGCUGGGGCUGCAUCUUGACUUUUUAAUUUCUAAGCAGUGUCAUUUUUUAAAAAAUAAAAGUAUAUAUAAAUAUAAAUAUAUAUAUAUAAUUUUAAACUUUUUUUUCUUGGGUGUAAAAAGUGAAAUGUUUGGCUCCUAUAUGUACCCUUCUAUGCAUCUGUUGGAUCAUGUAUUUAUAUGUUGUACACAGUACUGGCCAAUUCUGUAAAUUGAUGUUAUGUACAUACAGGGUUUUUGUUUUUUGUUUUUUUUUUUACGUCCUUUUAUUUUUCAGGCUGAAGCAGUAUUGCAUUAAAAGUGGUGUUGGUUACUAAUCGCUACCCAUAGUCCCAGCUGCUGUAUUUUGUCCUGCCUCGUCUCUCAAGGCUGCGGUGGGGGAAACUGGCUCCCAAGGAGGGUUCCACCCAGCUUCCCAGGCUUUUGAUGCUCUGGUUUCGGACUCUCCACAUCCCACCCCAGGGUAAGCUGAAAAACUGGCCCCUGAGUGGCGUGGGGUAUCCCUGGCUAGGCUGGGCUGGUGAACCUUUGGGUGGCCCACAUUGGGGAUUUCCCUCUGAAGAAGAGGAUUUCUGUUAAAACAAAUGGAUAGCUUUCAAGGUCCUUCCAAUUUCUCUGCCUCUUCCCUUAGGUUCCCCCCUACCUCUUCCUUGGCCAGGCUCCUCUUUUUCUCCCACUAUCUCAACUUCCUUGCUUCAGCAUUAUGGAAGUGUUUUCUUUUUUAAGCAAGCACCACCUGGUUUUUCCUCUCCAAGAUGGUGUGUAUUCUUAAUCAGUGGCAGCUUUUCUUUUUUUAGGAGGAAUUUUUAAGGAAAAGAGAGUAAAGCGAGAGAAGUGCAUUGUGCUUAUUAUAGGCAGCUAAGCUGAUGGUCUGAAACCUGCUUACCAAAGAUGAGGGGGCACAUAUUUGGGUGUCUCCUCUCGCUCUGCAUUCUCCAGGGCCACUAUUGUGUGUACAGACUGGUUUCCGGUCUGGUGGGUGGGCCAUGGGGGAAUCCACUCUGAUGACCCCUGAUGUUGUUAAAUGUCCCUUGUGGUAUUGGAAAAAAUAAUAAAAAAAGAUUUUGAAAAGCUGA